UAUUUUUUAAUUAAACAAUAACUUUAUUCUAAAUGGUGGCUCCCAAAUUUUAGGCGAUAUGAUGUGGUGGUUACAAUCCUUAUUGUGUAGUGGUUAAGUUUAAAUUUCGUUUAAAAAAUAAAGGCCCAACUGAUUAUUAAGCAAAAGGAAGGCACAGCCGAUUAUUAAGGGAGAAUACAUGAUAUAAAUGAAUAGUGGUUACCGGUUACAUAGCUUUAUUAUAAAUUGAUGCAGUUAUACAAAAACGUAAAAAAUUUAAGUUGCACCCAAUUAAUAUCAAUUGGUCAUACAAGAGUUUUAAUAGAAUAGAUGAAUAUUAUUGAUGCAGUUAUAAAAUAAUCAGUUUUUUAAAAUUAGUUGGAUCCUACUUUUAUUAAGCGGUGACACUAUUGUUUUAAUAGAAUAGAUUAUUUUAGUUAUGGUUUUUCCAACGGGAAUUCCAAAGAGCGCGUGAAAAGAGCCUUUUUGACGUUGACGGUCAUGAAAAACGCAUCUCGUUCUGACACAUUCUUUCUCUUAAUUAACUUCUUUAAUGAUUUAAUUUAUUUCUCUUAAUUGGUCAAAACUUUUAACUGCAUGUGUAUAAUUAAUUGUAAUUUAUAGAUAUUGCUUCUCUCGAAAUUACUAGAUGACCAUACGAUUUUCUCGUUGCAUUAUCAAUCAAAAGAUAUCCGUAGUUCAAACGGAAACGUUACUAACCAGUAACUGGAUUGUGUACUAUGGUUAAUAUUAUGAGUCCCUACUCCAUAACAAAAACUACAGGAAAACAAUCUAAACGUAAAGUAAUUUAACAUCUCACGAAGAAGAUAACGCGAAGCGUUAAAUAUAUAACCCGGUAUCAUUGAUUUGUAAGGUAAAACAAUUUUAUUUAGCUAGAUAAGUAUUGUAAAAACCAAAAAUAGAAAGUAAAGAGUUAAAAGAGUGUUAACAAAUGCAAAAACUCUUCGUUCAACCACUAACAGUCACUAAAUCACUUAAUUCUCUUGAGACUUUUAUAUCUCUCUCUCUCUCUCUCUCUCUCUUUUAUUCCCAAAGCCAAAUCAAAAUUCAAGGAUUCUACCAAAUAAAAAUGCUUCUUAUUUCUAUCGUCAUCGGAAUCUUGAAUAUUUCUACGUGACAUGUUUCUUUCCUCCUUGUUCGUUCAUCGUUUGUUUCGUCACACAAAAAUGGGUGCAACGCUAAACCUUGUGUAUGCCGUCACUAUCAUUCUCUUCACAAUCUCGUCAACCUCACAUGGGUAUGAUCCUUUGGAUCCGUUUGGUAAAAUUACCAUCAAAUGGGAUCUUCUUCUGUCGUCACCUGGCCAUCACACGGUACAAGUAAAACUAGAGAACAUGCAAGAGUACCGUCACAUUGAUAAGCCAGGAUGGAAGCUGAGUUGGCAUUGGGAAAGCAAACAAGUGAUAUGGGACAUGAGAGGAGCUGAGACGACAGAGCAAGGCAACUGCUCAGCCUUUGCCUCCAGCGGAACACUCCCUCACUGCUGUCUCAGACGACCAACCAUCGUCGACCUUCUUCCCGGAUCUCCUUUCAACUCUCAAGUCUCCAACUGCUGCCGUGGAGGCGUCUUGACUUCUAUGUCACAGGACCGCACCAAUCACGUCUCUGUUUUCCACAUGACCAUUGGAAGCUUCCCUGAUGACUCUGGAGAGUUCACUAUGCCUUCUAAUUUUGAUAUAGGUGUCCCUGGUUAUAGUUGCGACAAUGCUACUUCAGUGACUCCUACUAAGUAUAGUACUGAUAAGGGUCGUCGCAAAACUCAAGCAUUAGCAACAUGGGAGGCAGUGUGUGUGUACUCGCAGUUUCGGUCAUCACAAUCACCAAAAUGCUGCGUUUCACUCUCUGCCUUCUACUACCGCAACAUUGUUCCUUGUCCUACCUGUAGCUGCGGCUGCUCUAGUUCUCAUUGCGUCAAGCCUGGUGAGAUGCCGCCAUAUCUGGAGCAGAAACAUGAUCCAGAGGAGGAAGUAACGCCUGUGGUGGAGUGUACGAAACAUAUGUGUCCCAUACAUAUCCACUGGCAUGUCAAAGUGAACUAUAGAGAGUACUGGAGGGUUAAGAUCACAGCAACGAAUCUCAACACAAUGAAGAAUUACACUGACUGGAACUUAGUUGUGCUUCAUCCCAACUUGAAAAGUGUAGAACAAGUCUUCAGUUUUAACUACAAAUCCUUAACACCAUACCACAAUGGCAUCAAUGACACGGGGAUGUUUUGGGGAGUUAAGUUCUACAACGAUGUGUUGCUUCAAGCCGGAAAGAUUGGGAAUGUGCAAACAGAGUUGUUGUUAAAGAAGGAUAUGGGGAAUUUCAGUUUCAGGGAAGGUUGGGCUUUUCCAAGGAGAAUAUUGUUUAAUGGUGAUGAAUGUGUUAUGCCUUCUCCAGAUGAUUAUCCGAGGCUGCCCAGUUAUGCUUCUUCUGCUGCUUCUAGCUUUGCUACAACCUUGUUCUGUUUUCUCCUUCUUCUAUUUGUUUGAUUGAAGCGUUUUCAUUGGACCUGCACUGUUUUUUUUUUGGCUUUUUCAUGAACUGUUCAGUUUGGUAAUGAAAGCUGAUUUUUUUUUUU